AUGGGGGUGAAGCACGCACUGACCGUGGAGGGGAAGGCGAAAAAGCGUCCAUGCCAAGGUCGUUCAGGUCUGAAGGAGACCGGGAGAGGAGAUGCAGGCACUGCGGAGCUUCUCUCCAAGCGGAAGCUCGGGAUGAAAGGACGACUGGGCGACAAAUUCAAGACGCGCCAAAAUCAGCAGAAACUGACAAAGUCUCGAGAAGCAGACGCAACAGACGACGCGGCAGAGUCCGAUUCCGAGAUCUCCGAAUCUGCCCUUGGCCUUGAGGCCUUCAGCGAGGCGGACCUGGACCGAGAGGAAGGAGUGGAAGAGGGAUUCGACGAAUCAGAAGACGACGAAGCGGAAGGCGAUCGAGACGAAGAGGAGGACGAGAACUACGAAGGCGCCCAGUGGCUUGCGGACGAGGAAGAAGAGUGGGCCUCGUCGGAAGACGAAGCGCCCGCACACUCGGACAGCGAACCGUGGCGUGCGCCCUCGGGUGUCUUUGCAGACAGUCCUGCGGCGCAGAAGGCGUUUGAAGGAGUCCUGAAGAAGCGCGUGAUGAAGGACAAGGAGUUUCUCUCGUUUCUGCUGCAGGAAAGUGCGAAGCAGGGUGUCACCUUGUCGCCGGAAGCAAGCGACAGCGAAGAGGAAGCAGCCGCCGAGGACGCGUCAGAGGAAGACGUUCCACGCGACGCCCGGCUCGUCGUGGAGGACGAAGAAGAAACGCCGCAGAACCUCCUCACCGCCGACCGGUACGAGCAGUUAUGCCAUCUCGUAGGGAUCGCCUCGGCAGAGACGCAGCGCGUCGAGGAGAGCGCAGAGAGAGAGGAGAGAGUGCUGCCGUCGCUGCGGAGUCUGCAGCUCUUCUUGGGGGCCUUUCGAUCCGCUGUCAGACAGACAGGAACUCGCCGCGACGCCUCCGCUGCUACCGGCCGAGCCGGCGAGAGAACGAAGGACGACGCAAAGUACCGAGACGGCAAGAAGCAUGGCUCUGAAGAGAAGAAGAGGUCGGCUACCUCGGGCACUGGCGCGGGCGACUGCAACAAGAGGCGCGGGCCGGCGGAGCGCAAGAGCUUCUUUUUGCUGCGCGACGAAGACCUGCGGUUCACGGUGCUUCUUCGAACGGUGCAGCAACUUCCACGAAUCGUCAGGAACUUCCUUGCGACGCCGGAGAGACCCCAGAGCGGUUCUUCGGAGUCGGGUGCGCAGAGCGGCGAGACAGAGGCACCGCAGGCCUGUACACGGGGCGACGUUUCGCAGCUCGUGGCGUCGCCGAACUGGAGACGCUUGCGUCUGCCGCUUCGCUGGUUUUUCGCGGAUCUCUGCGAGUUGCUGACUGCGCUGCAAAGUCUGUCGAGCUGCGCGACGCGGGGGAAAGAGACGCUCGUUCAACUGCUUCUCUGCCUCGCGAGGACAGCCGACGAGACGCUUCCUUUGCUCCUCGAACUCUCGGGUGCGAUCCCCCGAAACUUCCUCCUCACCGUCGCCCGGUGCUGGGCGUUCACGAAGAACGCGAAGGAGCAACUUGCGGCCUUCGCGAGUCUGCGCCGCCUCCUGCUGCUUCGCCAGAGAGCUUUCACUGGCGCCGCGCAGGCCGCGCGAACGGCGAAGCGUGGCGAGAAGAAGAGACAGCAGAGGAAGGGAGAGAAGACGAAGGCGGAGACUGCAGACGAGAGCGAACGAGGCUGUGCAGCCUUGAAGGAAGAGGCGAAAGUUCAGGAAAUGCUGCAGACACUCUUGAGGGUAUUCCAGCAGGCGACGUCGAGGAACGUCGGUAGCAACGGGAGUCGAACGUGGAGAGGCGCGAACCGCAUGCAGCUGCUGCUCAACGAGUACCUGGAGCUCCUGCGCUUGGCCGACCCAAGAGUCGUCUACCGCGUAGCGUUCCAAAGCAUUCGCGAGAUGGCGUUGACGGUGCGGAGUGUGGUGGUGAUUUCGAGUCAAGCGACGCCGAAGGGGAAGAAGACGAAGACGGCGUUUCUCCAUGCCCGGCGCUUGGCGGCAUCGCAGAAGCUUCUGUACUCAUGGUCGUUUCUCUCGACUGCGCGUUUGUGGAGUGCCGCGUUCGCGUCCUGCGUCUCUCUCCGUCCUCUCGCCUUCCCCCUCGUCACGCUUCUCUGCGCGGCUCUGAAGGGGAAGCUGACGGCUCUCGCCUUCGCGCCUUUCUGUUGGAAUCUUCUCAGCGUUCUCCACCAGACUGCGUUGUCUACGAAUCUCCUCGUUCCCCUCAACUCGUACCUCUUCGCCUCCGUUGAGCUCCUUCUCCGACACCAAAGUCUCCUGUCCAGCGACCGGUACACCGGGAAGCGGGCGCGCCUGGAGAUGCAGGAGCGACAGAACAAGAAGAAAAAGAAAAAGCGAGUCGGACAGAAAAACGACGGAGAGAAAGACAGCUUGCAACUCCAACACAGCCGCGCGGCAGAUCCAGAAGUCGCACUCAGACUCUCCGCCGCCCAGCAAGACGCCCUGCAUGUGAUCGACGGCCUCGUCGGCCAUUUCCAGCGUCUCCUCACUGAGCACUUGGGCUACCUCGUCCUUCACCCUGCCUUCCCUGAGAUUUCUCUCCCCAUCAAACGAAGUUUACGCAGAACUGUGAAAAUGAGCAAGAGUCAAGCAGUUGCUCGCUCUCUCAAAGCUCUCAUCGGAGCGAUCGAAAGUUCCGCCGCUGUGGUCCAGUCUCUGCGCUGUACUUUGAAAGAUCUCCCUGUCGGUGCGGUCGAGAUCUUCACGGAAAAAAAACAAAAGGCUUCUCUUCCUCUCUUCCUUCUCAGGCAACAAGUUGUAGAGGAACGGAGAAAGUUCGUGGAAGAAAAGGUGCAAGGAGAAUUGUCUGCGGCCGCAGAACGAAAACAAGCCGAGAGCGACGCAAUGAAGACGCCUAGACAGCUGAAGCGCGAGCGACAGAAGCAGCGGAAGCAGGCGGAACGCGUCGAGAUGGAGGAGCUGUCGAGGUCGACAGCCAGUGCGAAGAGAAAACGUAUGCGAGAGGACUCCGGUUCGCGAGACGACAGAGGCAGUGGAGGACAAAGUGCAAAGAGAGAAAAAGCCAGCCCGCUGCGCAAGCACGAAGAACCUGCAGGCGAGGACGACAUUUUGGACGAAAUCGGCAGCGACUUGGACGACCUGUGA